AUGUCCUUCUUGCAGACAUCCUUUCAGCGCGCCAGUAGGCAAUCCUUCAGCCAUGCAUCGAACGUAGCGGGUCCUAGUCGACUUCCAGCGCGACAACUUUCGAGCGCCAUUGCUGUGAAAGCGGAGAGACCAAGCUCGGGCGUGGGAGGACGAAUCUCUUCUUUGAUGGAGAAUUUGCAGCAACAGCAACAGCAACAGCAACAGCAGCAGGCAGGGUCAGCAGCGGCUGGCGCUGGCAGAGCUCCCUCUUUGGGUCCCGCUGUCAAAAUUCCACCUCUCGUAAGGAGUCAAGUGAGUUUUCGCAUGACAAGGGCGGUGGGAUCUAGAGUCAAAGCAUUUGAGAGGUUUGCUUCCUAAUUGCAUACUCAUCGGCUAUCUGCUUUUCAAUCAGCACUAUGUCCCAGCCACUCUCAAUGCGGAGACGCACGCACCUCGGACCUAUAAGAGAGCGACCCCUCUCUUGGGACCAGGACGUGCUGAAGCAGAAACCGUCGACACGCUCCAUAAGCUUCAACUGCGACCCGGCCACCCAUCCUUGUUCGACGACUCGUACAAGAACCCCGUACUGCUCACGACUUACAUCUCUGACAUGGGCAAGAUCAAGAGGAGGGCAUUGAGUCGGUUGACGAGGAGAUCCCAGAGGGAAGUCGGUAAAGCUAUUAGGAGAGCUCGGGCGAUGGGACUUGUACCCAUCAUGAGCAACCAAGACACUGCAGGAUGGAGACUGCGAUGA